AUGUUAAGGAUGGCUAAUAAAAGGACUGCUGGUAUGGUUUGGAGACAUCCAGUUGGGCCUAGGAUUGUCAAGAUCAUUGAGAAGAACAAGUUGGGAGCUAGUCAAUGCAUUCCUAGAUUAGCAAGUGGGAGCAAAUACCAAGUGAGCCAUAUGUAUAGGGGAGAGUAUGUAGUGGAUCUAAAAGCCAAGACUUGCUCUUGUAGAAGAUGGGAUUUGUGUGGGAUCCCAUGUUCUCAUGCUAUUUCUUGUAUCUUUCAAAAUGAGGCAAAUGUGUUUGACUAUGCACAUGACUGCUAUAAGAAAGAAGCCUACCUGAGUUCAUAUGAACCUAUGCCUGGAAGACCUAGGAAAUCAAGGAACAAAGGACCAGCUGAUGUUGAAGUACCUGCUCCAGUUCCUCCAAACCCUUUGCCUCCAUUUUACAAUCCACCACCUACUAGGUUGAGAAGGAUUUAUGUCAAGAUAAGAUGCUCAAUUUGUGGCCAAGAGGGACAUAAUAAGACACGACAUGCCAACCAAGGGACAUCACAGGUCGUUCCUAAUCAGCCCAACCAAGGAUCAGUUGCCUAUUCUACAGUCCAAGGGGCAGCUCAGGCCCACCCUAAUCAGCCCAACCCAACUAGAGGCAGAGGUUGA